ACAGGGAGGCAACAGGUCCUGAGAAUUUCAAAGCUCGUGAAGGAGCCACGUUGUGUGGUGGACUUUUGAAACGGGACGACGCGACUCGAAGCUAAACCGCCGUUUUCUGUCCGUUUUUAAGCAAACAUGAAACAAAGUAUGGAGGUUCUGUCAGCGGAAAAUGCUCUGUAAGGUCUCGUCCUCUUGAUAAACUGUACACUGCGCUGGGCUAAUCUGUUGGCUGUUCGCCUGUCUACCUCGCUGAGGUUUAGUGCUCCUGUGGUUUUCAGUUUUGGAUAAAACGCAUCAUGGCAGAGCACGAAAGUUUGGAAUUUGGAAAGGCGGAUUUCGUUCUUCUGGACAACGUGUCUCUGGAAGAGUUUCUGGCCAACCUUAAACUCAGGUUUGAAAAGGGUCGCAUCUACAGCUACAUUGGUGAGGUGGUGGUGUCCGUGAACCCUUACCGUGCCAUGAACAUCUACGGGCGGGACACCAUUGAGCAGUACAAAGGUCGUGAGCUGUAUGAACGCCCACCGCAUCUCUUUGCCAUAGCAGACGCUGCAUACAAAGCCAUGAAGAGAAGAAACAAAGACACCUGCAUUGUUAUCUCAGGGGAGAGCGGAGCUGGAAAAACAGAAGCCAGUAAAUACAUUAUGCAAUAUAUUGCUGCUAUUACCAAUCCAAGCCAAAGAGCAGAAGUGGAGAGAGUAAAAAACAUGUUGCUGAAAUCCAACUGUGUCCUGGAGGCUUUUGGAAAUGCCAAGACCAACCGCAACGAUAACUCGAGUCGCUUUGGAAAAUACAUGGAUAUCAACUUCGACUUUAAGGGGGACCCCAUUGGUGGCCAUAUCAAUAACUACUUGCUGGAGAAGUCUAGAGUGAUCUUCCAGCAGGAAGGAGAGCGAAGUUUUCAUUCGUUCUACCAGCUUGUGAAAGGAGCUCCAGAGUCUUUGCUGCGAUCCUUACACAUCCAGAAGGACCCUACAGCUUACAGUUACAUUAAAGUUGGAGGCCAUAUUAAGUCUUCAAUCAACGACAGUGCGGAUUUCAAAGCUGUAGCAGAUGCCAUGAAGGUGAUAGGAUUCACUACAGAGGAAAUCCACACAGUCUACAAGAUCUUGGCUACCAUCCUGCACCUGGGAAACCUAAAAUUUGGCAAUGAUGGGGAUGUGACUCUGAUUGAGAAUUCUAAGCUGGUAGCAGUGCUGGGGGAGCUGUUGUCUACUAAAGAGGAGAAUGUGGAGAAGGCCCUACUCUACCGCACUGUGGCAACAGGACGUGAUGUCAUUGACAAGCAGCACACGGACCAAGAGGCCAGUUAUGGCCGGGACGCUCUAGCCAAGGCUAUUUAUGAGCGCCUCUUCUGUUGGAUUGUGGGAAGAAUCAAUGACAUUAUUGAGGUGAAGAACUAUGAUGCCAGAAUCCAUGGGAAGAACACAGUGAUUGGAGUGCUGGACAUAUAUGGCUUUGAGAUUUUUCAGAACAACAGUUUUGAGCAGUUCUGCAUAAACUACUGCAAUGAAAAGUUGCAGCAGCUCUUCAUUCAGCUGGUGCUGAAACAGGAGCAGGAAGAGUACCAACGAGAGGGCAUCCCAUGGAAACAUAUUGAUUACUUUAAUAAUCAGAUUAUUGUGGACCUGGUGGAGCUGCAGCAUAAGGGAAUCUUCUCUGUGUUGGAUGAGGCCUGUAUGAACGUGGGGAAGGUGACUGAUGAGAUGUUCCUCCAGGCACUCAACAGCAAACUGGCAAAGCAUGCUCACUACACCAGCCGUAAGCUGUCCCCCACUGACAAGAGCCUGGAGUUUGACCGUGAUUUCCGCAUUCGUCACUAUGCUGGGGAUGUGGUGUACUCCGUGUUGGGUUUCAUUGACAAGAACAAGGACACCCUGUUUCAGGACUUCAAGAGGCUUUUGUACAACAGCUCCAACCCUGUUCUGAAGGCCAUGUGGCCUGAGGGAAAGCUGAGCAUCACUGAGGUCACUAAGCGACCCCUCACAGCGGCCACCCUCUUCAAAAACUCCAUGAUCUCCCUGGUGGAAAACCUGGCCUCUAAGGAACCGUACUAUGUGCGCUGCAUCAAACCCAAUGACGUGAAGUCUCCACUUCUGUUUGAGUAUGAGCGCUGUAAGCAUCAAGUGGAGUACCUGGGCCUGCUAGAGAACGUCCGAGUGCGGCGUGCUGGCUUCGCUAACCGUCAGACUUACCCUCGCUUCUUACAGAGGUAUAAAAUGAUCUCAGAGUUCACGUGGCCCAACCACGACCUGCCAUCGGACCGAGAGGCAGUGAAACGUCUGCUGCAGGGCUGCGGCUUUGAGCAUGAUGUGGCCUAUGGCAAAACCAAAGUGUUCAUUCGCACACCUCGCACCAUCUUCAGCCUAGAGGAGCAGAGAGCCGAGAUGGUGCAGAGGAUCGUUCUCUUUCUGCAGAAGGUAUGGCGUGGCACAAUUGCUAGGAUGCGUUACCGUCGGAUGCGGGCUGCACUGAUCAUUCUGCGGGCAUACCGACGCUACAAGGUUAAAUCCUACAUCCGUGAGGUGAACAGACGCUUCAAAAGCGUGCGCAGCAUGAAGGACCACGGCAAACAUGUGAAAUGGCCAACACCUCCCAAAGUCCUGCGCAGGUUUGAAGAGGCACUGAGGAACAUCUACAACAGGUGGUGGGCCUGGACCCUAAUUAAAGGCCUGUCCCCAGAGGAAAUGUUACAGGUCAGGGCUAAAGUAGCCACGCUGGAGUGCCUGAAGGGUCAGAGGGCGGACCUCGGCCUGCAGAGAGCCUGGGAGGGCAAUUACCUGAAGAGGGACAGUCCUGAGACAGCAUCGUCCUUCACUCUGGUGUCCAGUGAAUUGCAGAGGAAAGAUAAGUUCAUGAGAGUCCUCUUCUCCUGCAAUGUCCGCAAGAUCAACCGCUUCAAUAAGGCAGAGAACCGGGCGGUGCUGAUUACUGAUCGCCACCUGUAUAAGAUGGACCCACUGAAACAGUACAAGCCAAUGAAGAGCAUUCCACUCUAUAAUGUGACCGGGGUGAGUGUGUCUCCGGGGAAAGACCAGCUGGUUGUCUUCCACACAAAGGACAACCGAGACCUGAUUGUGUGCCUGCAGGGCAUGGUGCCGGCAGGGGAGAGCCGCAUAGGAGAACUGGUGGGCACCCUGCUCAGCCACUUCAAAAGUGAGAAGAGGAAGCUCCAGGUGAAUAUUGUAAGUCCAAUUCAAUGCAGUAUGAAUGGGAGGAAGUGUACUGUUGUCGUGGAGACCAGGAUCAACCAGUCCCAGCCUGAAUUCACCAAGAGCCGAUCGGGCUACAUCCUAGCGGUGCCAGGAAACUAACGGACGAGAAUGAAGAAAUGUCUCCUGCUGUAGUGUCUCCUGCUAUCAUUUGAGACUCAAAAUUUAAGUCAUAACAAAUUUGUCUUGAGCUAGGCAGCAUUUUUUUUUUAACCACAGGAUAUCUGACGAGUAAACUCAUUGGAAGGAGUGUCCCAAAGUCUCACAUUCCCACUCAGCAUAAGAUACCUAGUCAUGACAUUCCAGAUGAUUCAUCCAAAAAACCAAGUGAUGCACCUAAUUUCCAGAAAGCAUCAGUGAGAUAAUUGAUGUCAUAUUUAUUUUAUAGCCAAAUAAAGGGAAAACAUGAAUGCAAUAUUUAUGAAAAACAUGAUAUGCAAGUGAAAGUAAUGUUUUAAUAUGCUGGUAAGAGUUUCCUGUUAUUUAAAGAGAAUAUUUUUGUUUUUGAUAUAGCAUUCAUUUGGGAUGGAGUAUAGCUUUGAUUUUGGCUUUAUGUAUAUCACAGCUCAUAGUGGCCAUAUAGCAGACGCUAAGACUUGUUCACUACAGGUUUUGUAGAGGGAUAUGUUGAGCAUAUCCGUACACUUGCUAAGUGCUCAGAGAGGAGCAUUAAAAUCUCUCAUAAUUUAAAAAUAUUGUCUUGCUAUGCAUAUUUUCAGUUAUGCAACUUGCAGAUAUUGUACGCAGAUGUAAAAGGAGAUUAUAUAUUGUUCAUAUACAGAUAACAGCUAUUCAGUUGGUUAUUACAUAUUGAUGCAACCAAAAACCAUCAAAAAACAAAGAGCAGGUAUUUCCAAAAGGCUGCCAUUUCCUCUGGUCGAGAUACUGAAUGAGUGGCCUACUAGAAAUGACUGAAACACUUUGGGUACAUGCUCUCAAAGCCAGAAUGAGAGUGCUUGUUUUCCAUUAUUGAUCCUGUCCUCAACAGAACAGGGAUAUGACCAUUUGAGUGCCCCGUCAUGUUUGCUUUUGCAUUAGUAAGGGAAGAUGACACAUUUAAAAAAUAAGAGGACUGUCAUAUUUACAAAAACUGAUUUUAUAACAGUGUCACUGGUAGGCACUGGUAGGAAUUUGAUUAUUCUUUUAAGCCAAAUGUAUGACAAUGCUUGUUUUCCACCAAAGCGUACUUGAUUAUUCCACGCUAUUACUUUUAUUGUUGACUACACAAUAUACAGUAUGUUCUUAUCUACAUCUAUGGGGUUCAACCUUCCCAUUACAUACAGUACUAAGUCAGAGACCACCCUUCAUUCAUUUAAUUUCCAGUCAAAUAGCCAUUCAGUUUGUUUCCUCUUUGAGAGAUAGGAGAAAAUCAAGCUCAACUCUGGCUUCAGAUCUGAAAAAAAAAAAACCACUGUAAAAACACAGUCCUUCCACUGUAAGAAGACAACUCAACACUGUGAGCCUGAAAGGAUGUGUAGCUGCCAAGAAGCCAUUACUGAGGCAAGUAAACCAGCCAAAACGAAGAAAUAAAUCAAACAAAGAAGCUGCUAAUGUUUUCAGAACAAUGGACUGUCCACCCCAGAGUCCAGAUCUCAGCAUAACUGAAUGUGUGGGAUUACUUGAGAAUUUUCUGAGAGGCAGAAAAUGCAACCAACUUCUGAGACUGAACUUUGGAGGUGUGAAGAGCAAAAAAGCACAGAUGUUGCCAUAAACAGUGGAUACAUUAAUGCUGAACUUGAUAUUAUGUUUAGUUGCUGAGGCUUUUGUGUAAUUGUAUGUUAAAUAUGUUUUCUCCUUCAUCUUGCUGAAAAAUUCCAUACUUUAUGGCUGUUUUGACUGAACGUUAAAUAAAAAUGGGUGGUCUCAGUUUUGUGCAGUACUGUUUGUGAUCUCUAAAGACAAUUUGAGGUCAUUAGAGAUAAACUCAUUGAUAUAACAUGAAUGUAGAUUGUGUGAGUUCUUGUGUACUAGUGAAAGAAAGAGAGAGAGACAGAUAGCGUUGUUGACUCAUUAACUAAAUUAGGAUUGCACGCUUUUGAAUGGAAACUCCCAGAGUGUCUGGCCUACUUUUAAAGACAGAUUCUGUGAGAGAAGAAGCAAUGGGCUCUGAACAAAUUGGCUACUGGUCUUCGUUCUGUUCAUAAAUCAGUUUUAUAAUUACUGUUUCAUUGUAAUCUUCUUACUGGGGGUUUUGGGAGAAUAAAAAAAAGCUUUAAUCAGUGCAGUAGGAUCGUGGUAUUGGCCAAAAUGCUUGCUAGCUUUUCUGUAUCUCUCAUCAGUAGCAUGUGUCUAUGUUAUUAAAGGUUCUGUGAUGAUACUGAAAUGUA